UGCGUUGUUCGACACACCCUUUUAGCUCGAUAAACAUGGUUGUGAAGACGCUCUUUCGCGUGCUAGCGUCGCUUACCUCCAUUAGCGUCACGCUCAGUAUGAUACCGUCAAUGUACCAAAUCUACCGCAAGAAGGAUACAGGCAUCGCGUCCGUGCUGCCGCUCAUCUGUAUGGUGGCCAAUGCACACGUGUGGAUGCUCGACGGCGCUAUCGUCAAGAAUUGGUUCCCAAUGUUCGCCACCUUUCUCACAUCCGACUACAUCGCCAUCGGCUACGUGGCCAUCUUCUUCUGCUACGCGCGCGACCGCAAGAAAGCUCUUCGCAGGAUCAUCAUUGGGGCUACUAUCCUGGGUCUUAUCACGAUAUACGCGAUCCUAGGCAAAGCUGGGUAUACGAACCAGUCGAACGACGGAGUGGACACGACGCUGGGUAUCUUGGGCGUAAUGGCCGGUCUCAGUAUGUUCAGCUCGCCAUUCGAGCGGAUAAUGAAGGUGCUGCACUACAAGUCGGCUGCGUUCAUCCCGAUCCCCAUGGUGGCUGCAGGUGCACUUAAUAAUGUCAUGUGGAUCGUGUACUGCCCAAUGAUCGGAAGCUGGUUCUUGUUUGGAGGCAACGCGUUGUGUCUGCUGCUCAGCAUUGUCAAUAUCGCUCUCUACCUCGUCUACAACCCCAAGACGCAUCCACUGCGGCUCGAAGAAGCCCAGCGUAUAGUUUGGCGCGCUCGCCGGUUGCAGGUAUUACGUCAGAUGUAA